AUGGUAAAAAAUAAAUAACCAGCCUGUGGCUUUAAGAAGUCAGGUUCCAAGAUGGACGGCCCGUCCGCUCAGAGGGAAGCAGUGGAGUAGAAUACCUGUCAGUGCAGGGACCACGUGUACCCGACGUCCCAGCGUCCUGGAUGACGUCACCACGAUGUGGAGAGACGGAGGGGGGGAACUCUAGCUGGAGCCGCAGCUCACUGCUGCUGAAGAGACUUGAUAAAGCGCAUGAUGCUGGGACGUCGGGUACACGUGGUCCCUGCACUGACAGGUAUUCUACUCCACUGCUUCCCUCUAAACGGACGGGCCGUCCAUCUUGGAACCUGGCUUCUUAAAGCCACAGGCUGGUUAUUUAUU